CGCAGUUGGCCAUAGCGCGCGGACAUGUUCCCGGCGUGAAAUAAGACGACUUUUCAGGACACGCGUAUAGAAAUGCGAAAAUGUAGGCGACUGAUGGUUUUUGUCUGCCUCUCUUGAAUUUGUAAGACUUUAGCCGGACGGUUUAAUACCUGCAUCGGUGAAGAAUGGAUAAAUAACGUUUUAUUCUGUUCGCGAUCGUUCAGAGGAUUCGUCUUGGCCUUGGCGGCAUCUCUCACCGGUUGGGCUGUUUGUUUUCACAGGCUUACAAGUAACCCGCCUGCCCAUUAGACUGUUUUCAAUCGGUGUAGUCUUUUAGCUUUCUAUCACUACCAAGAGAUCUUUUCUUGGCCAUGAGUCGUUUAUUUACGAGGACAUUCAUCGGAUCGUGGAGGUUUCCAAACUGUCGCUUGAUUUGCCUGAGCAGUGUGACGCAAAUAAGGUGCAACACUUCCCUAUUUGGCUCUCAAACACAAGCAUGGUCAUACGUGAAACAACAGACCCUGGACGAAGCUUCCUCUAAGCCUUCGAUUCGGCUAACGCCUUUCCAAAUGCUAUGGGCCGGCAGAUUUAAAGAUGGAACCCAUUUACUGAAAAGUGCCCAGUUUCUUCAAAAGGAAUUGCCCAUACGUAUAGCUCGUCGAGUUGUUGAUUUUCAGAAACUUCCGCACAUUGCACUGUGCAAUCCAGUAAUUCAUGAUGUGUAUGAGUUAUACCUUAGGGCCUUCAGUUUGGUGUACAAAUUUCCAAAGGUGGAAACUCUUGAAGGAGAGGAAAGAUACAAUCGAACAAUCAGACAGCUCUUGGACGAUCAUCAAAGUGUCGUGACUCAUCUGGCUGAGGGAUUCCAUGAAUGUCAGAAGAACGUACCGUAUGAAAUUAUAGAUGCUUUUCUUAAUCGUACAUUGACAUCUCGACUUGGAAUCCGCAUGUUGGCUGAACAUCACCUCGCUCUGAGCAUUGAUAAGCCAAACUACAUUGGGAUUAUUUGUACUCACCUUAACCUCAGACAAAUUGUUGAGAGAUCUGCUGAUUUUGCUAGGCAAGUCUGUGAACACACAUAUGGUGUAGCUCCAGGCCUUAUUGUUAAUGGCCACACAAAAGCAGUCUUCCCUUACAUUCCUGCGCCACUGGAGUACAUUCUCCAGGAACUUCUGAAAAAUGCCAUGAGAGCCAGUGUGGAACACCACCUUGACACGCCUCUCGAGGUGCCAAAUAUUGUCGUCACCUUGUGCAGUAAUGACACAGAAUUCUUUGUCAGGGUGUCUGAUCGUGGAGGAGGCAUUCCUGAAUCCAAGCUCCAGGACAUCUUUAAGUAUUCAUUUACCACCAUGGGAGACCGUAGCACUAUAAGACCCUCGGACAGUGAAAAUAUGUUUUCCGAAAUGUGCGCUGGGCACCCAAACAAUUCACCCAGCGGGGGUCCCAUGGCAGGCUGGGGCUUUGGCCUUCCUACGUCACGGGCGUAUGCCACGUACCUCGGAGGGUCCCUUCAGCUGCACUCCAUGGAGGGCCUGGGUACGGACGUGUAUUUGCGACUGAGGCACAUUGAUGGGAAGAAAGAGAGCUUUCGAAUUUGAUAUCAGAAGUUCAGUGAAUGUGAUUUGAUCCAAGGGAGUCGGCUGUUACUGCUUCAAAGGGGCUGUGUUUCAGUUAAAAAUUAGUUUUGCAAAGCUAAGAAAUUUCUUUUCCAAAAAAAAAAAAACCUUAAGCAGAUUAUUAUAAUAUAAACCAAUUGGGAUGGUUGUAUAUCGGGAAGAUUAGAAAUAAUUACAGUCUGUCAAUUUAAUUGUUUGACAGUCAGAAUAGUUUGUUAACUUUUAACUAUUAGGAUCCUAGUGUGUGACCAUUCAAAUGAAAAGCUACUGAGCAGUACUUUCGUGGUGCUGCUCAUGUUUUAACAUUGUACAAAUUAGAAUUUGGGAAUUUUUUUAAAUUUUGAACCCAUUGUGUCACCCUUUGGAGUGAAAGGGUUCAGUUCUGUCCGUUUCGGGAAAUAGAAUUGUGAUGUUGGUUGUAAGGCUACUGUUAAACGUCUUGAUCUGUCUCUGGCUCUCGCAAAUCGUGGUUGAUAAUUUUAAAAAAGUUGUAACUUGUAACUCCUUCCGUUUUGAAGAAGGACUUAGCUAACUGAGGGAAAUAAGUACCGGGUUAUUUUUAAUAAUUAUACAAAAGUACGUAUUCGCAGUUUGGGGAACAAAACAGUGGUCAAAGCAUCCGAGCAGUUUUCUUUUCUUAUUGUUCAAUCAGAAGCGAAAGUUGUCACGUGGCUUUGUGUUACGUCAUGUUGCUUAGCAACACCUGCUGAAAAUGUGUUUUUUUUUAGGGGGGGAGGGGGCGAGGACUUCCUUCGGGUAUUUGAAGGUGGUGGGGGUCACCAGAACAAGCGAAGAAACUAAAUUGGAAACAACAGUAUAGUAAGUAAAGCAAAGGUUUAAUUUCACUAGAUUGACACUUUAGGGGUAAACAGACUUGCCACUGAUAAACUCGUGGCCCUCAAUGAACAAAAUGUUUCACUUUUGCUAUAGACCCUCUGGACGUAGUGGGCCGGCAUUUGAUAAUACUAAUAACAAAGUUAAAAUAUGAAAUAAAAAUAAUAAGGUGAUUUUAUUUUGAUAAAAGCGAAACCAAGGUCAGUAAAUAUUGAAGUUCCUGCUCAAAGAUACUUGAAAUUAUUUUGUCCCAAACGGAAGGAACUACGUUUUGAAAAGUGCAAACAGUGCUAAACCAUUUAGCCAUAUAUGCUGAUCGUUAUUUUUAAAAGUUUGUUGAUUUCUCGCCUAAUGCAAAUAGUAACCUGAGGAAAACUUAUAUUGGGAGCAUGAUAAUUCGUAACCGAUAGUGGAAAGUAUUGCAAAUUGUAAUGUUAAUCAAUUUUUAAAGAGUAUUUAAUCGUCUGGCUUAAGUGAGUAAUUAUUUAAUUCCAAGAAAAUUAGGUAAAAGGGUAAGCGAGCCCCAUACUAAUAGUUAUAUUUUAACCUCAAAUGGAAAGUUAAACUACAGUUUACUCUUAAUUUAUUAACUAAAAGAAUUGAGACACUAUUAAUUAAAGAUAAUUUUCAAUAAUUUUA